UUUACGUUUUCCAGCACUAUCAGCCGGUGGAUCAAAAUCAACAAAUAUAAUUUAUUAAAAAUUGGAUAAUUGGUUUUAUAUCAAUUAAAAGCCUGAACAAAUCUUCCAUAAAGAAAGCAAUACACAGCUGAACCCCGCCACAAUGCCUUCCUACGAGCUAGCCCUGGUGUUGCGUCAAUUGCCUCGCCCCGAAUUGAUAUCCGUGAUACGCCGUACCGCCGAAGCCAUAUUGGACAAGGGAGGCAUCAUCCGGAAGCUGGAGAAUCUGGGCACACGGGCGCUGCCACACAAAGUCAGCGAGCACGGGGUGGUGCAUCGCGUGGGCACUCACUUCACCAUCGCCUUCGACACGGCGCCCACAAAGAUCGCGGACCUCAAGGAGGAGUUUGGCCGCGACAUUGACAUUGUGCGGCGGUACGUCUUCAAGGUGGAGGAGCCGGAGGAGCACAAGUGCACGCUGCACGAGGAAAUGCUGCCGCCCGCCUACCGCAAGGACGUCCAGGAGCUGAUAGCGACGGCCCAGAGGAAGCAGAAACCCAAAUACAACUACAACUCGGGCCUGGACUACUAUCCGUUCCAGAAGUAGAUCGCAUAGGGCCUCCAAGUCGAAUAAAAUCUGUUAAUUAUGUA